UGACAACCAGCCUCACAUGGACGCUGGAGGCCGGAAGUGAAACCUGGAGGAAGACGUUAGUAAAGUCCUGCGCACGGAAACGAGGAAGUGAGUGGACAUCUUCAUCUAUAGACAGAUGCUGCUGUGAUUCUACAACAUCUGGAUACUGAUGCGUUAAAGAAGAAACAGUCACAGUGUCCAGCCCCAGAGACUCAACAGACUCAGAGUCAGUGAAGGCUCAGGUCCUCCAUGCAGAUGCUGAUCCAGGAUCAGGGGCCACAUUCUCCCACUGAGGGGCCGAAAACCUCCAGGCACUAUUCUGGAUUCAGUAAGACAAGAGCCUGGCAAAUCCAGGCAGUUGGCCCUCGCUGCCUCUCAGACUCAUUGAUGAACUAAUGUCUGCGACGGUUCAGAGCUCGAGUCCUUAACGAGGACAUCGGGAUUCGACCCAGGACACAGGACUUCUCAAGUGGGCGAAGCAACAACAGUCCUGACAACAACCUCCACUCGUCCCCACCCUCCCUGUUCACCAUGUGGCAGCCGAGCCAGGAUGAGGUCCUGCGCAUGCUGCAGCAACUUCCUGCCGUUCCACCACAUUCCUUGAACAAGCUCAAGGUCCUGCCACCCAUAGAGGGCAGGCGGUCAGAGGAGAGGCCCGGAGGAGGCCUGGACAGAAGUGUAGACAGCCUGUGUGCUGAGACCGAUCCGCAGCAGAGGGGGACCGACCGGGCUGAUGUGUCGCUCAGGAUGUGGCCCAACACCUCCGACCCAGAACCAUUAGGAGCCAGUGUCGGUUUGCUGUUAGCCGUGCGAGCACCGUGCGGCAGGAGGUUUCAGCAGCACUUUGAGUCCACAGACGCUCUGCUGACGGUGAAGGCCAGUGCAGAGGCCCGGUUCACAGAGACCUAUGGAGACGUCUCCAUCGAGACCAUGGACGUGCCACGCAGGAGCUUCACGGACAUGAGUAUGACUCUGGCCCAGAGCGGCAUCAUGAACAGAUCACUGCUGUGCAUCACACGGAACAACGAUGACAGCCUGGAGCUACAUGAUUGAGAUGCAACCAUUUUUUAAGUUUUGCUUUGCAGUUGAAAUUUGUCUGUGUGGUGAUAUGUACAGCGCCCCCUCCUCCAUGGUUUACCUUAUUUGGAUGCUUGACCUCUGACCCCUGAGAAUGAUAUCUCUGUCCAACCCUUUAUGGUUAAUGCCAAAUCAAUUGUAUAAAAUGCACUAUAUUGAUAUUUGAGGAAUGAGGGUAUACUGCAUGUCAAGUGUGUUAAUAGGAAUAAAUGAAGUUAUAUUUAUGCUUUUUAAAGUCUCACACUCCCUCUGUAUGUGUGGGGUUGUUAUACUGUAGACAAAAAAAGAAAACCUAAUAAAUAAAAAGUGGAACACAGCUCAGUAGAGAACAAACUUCAACCACACAAUUUAGUUUUUACUGUGGAAAUAUAAAAACAAAAGGGAAGCUGUCAGAUAACCUACUUUUAUGCCAAACAACAGUUAAAGUAAAAAUAUAUUCUGGAUUCAUACAACCACAUUUCAAUAUUUCUAGUUCUUUGUAUGAAUCAUA